AGUAUUUGAAUAUACAUGGCGACUGCUCAACCGCUUCUCUCCACAGUCCAUCGCAUCCCGAUUUGGUUCUUUUCGCGCUCUCUAUAAAAUUUCUAUUCUCCCAGAACAACAGGAGCACCCAAAAAAAUCACCCUUUCCCUCUAGUUUAACUAUAUAACCAAUCUCUUCUAUUCACUCAAAAAGAACAGAAUAUGAGCAAAACUCCUGCUACUUUCGUGGUCGAACACCUCGACCCCGAAUUAGGUCCCUGGUCUUCCUUGGAAUAUGGCUGUAUCGCUCGUGAAUCCCACGCAACAGGUGCUCGAUUCCUGCUCAGCUCCGUGCCCCCAUCGUUGAAGCUGCCCCAGGAGCUGGCUGCCACUCAGGGCCUUGAGAUUAACCAGCACAGCGUCGAGGAAAUCUUUGCGGACCGGAAGGACAAGGUCUGCUUGCUUGAUCCAGCGGCCCAGGUCGAGUUGAGCCCGGCCGAUGGCGAUCAGUUUGAAGUGUUUCUCUUUGGCGGUAUUCUUGGUGAUGAUCCUCCGCGGGAUCGCACCAAGGAAUUGAGAAAAAAGGGCUACGCAGGACGUCGGUUAGGUCCUAAGCAGAUGACCACCGAUACGGCAGUGCGAGUCACCCGUAUGAUCUCGCAGGAUAGAAUUCCUCUGAAGCAAGUCCCAUACGUCGACUACCCAGAAAUCCGGGUCACCGAGAAUGAGCGCACCGAAAUGCCAUUCCGCUAUGUCAAGGGUGCGGAUGGCCAACCGAUCAUGCCUUCUGGUAUGAUCGAUCUCAUCAAGAAUGAUGCUGACAAAGGCGUCGAUGACCUAUUUUAACCUGUCUGCGGUCUACCCGGUCUACCCUGUACAAAGAAAGAUCGAGUAUUAGACGCUGUGAUGAAUGUAAAGGAACCCAUACCUCUUGGAACCCUCUUCACUACUGGACCCAUUCCGCAAGGCGCAGCAAGGCUAACCACCACUACUUGUACACCAGUCUCUUUCUUCCCUCAACGCUAUUAUUGUCCAUCUCUGGUUCGCCUUGUUCGAGGCCGAUUUCCUGCUUUCUUUCAACGUCUUUUU